ACCCGCAUUUAAAGUCGAUACCUGCCUAUCAAGUUACGCUCAAGAUGAAGUGGUUCCUUUUGCUCACGUUCGCUCUUCUGACCGUCGGCGUUUUAAGCGCUCCAGCAAACGACGAAGAAGAUGAGUUAUUGACGGAGGUAGCGGAAAAAGAUGAAGCACUUGACGAACCUGAGACUGAGAAAGAAGAGGAGCGCUUUGUUCGAGAAGUAGGGGACGAAGAGGAAAACGAAGAGCUAGAAGAAGCAGUGAUGCAAGACACCGUCGAAAAUGACGAGGCUAAUGUCCCCGGCGAAGCGAAGACCUCAGUCGAAACUGAACAGUCUUUUGAAGACAGCGAAGUAAACGAUACCAUUGAAUAAAAUGGGUCUAUAAAAACAGGGCGAAAGAGGGAAUUCUUUGUAGAUUUUCGUUAACUUUGGAAGCAUUUAUUAAACUUAGGGGUACACAGG